AUGACUAGCCAAACAAACUGCCCCUCGAUCAAGCGCUCAAUCGAACUCCGCUGCAUAGGAGACUGGGGCCAGGCCAACUUCCACCGCAUCCUGUCAUGGUUAACUCAAGAUUUCUGCGACCGUGCCGGCCCCGCCAGCCGCACAUUGAUAAUGUCGCUCCGGGACGGCGGCCUCGAGUCCCCCCUUCAGGUGCAUAAUGGGCAGGCGGAUAUGGGAAUCUGCACGCCUGCGGGAUUGCUUAAAGCCGCGGCGGAGGGGAAGGAGAUCUUUGAAUCGACGGGCCCGUUGCCUGAUUUGCGCUGUCUCGCGGUCUUGCCGCAGCGGGAUCGGAUGAUGUUUGCCGUGAAACCCUCAUUUGGGGUGCGGUCGUUUACUGACAUUCGCGAGAAAAAGGUUCCUUUGCGGAUUGCCGUCUCCGUCGAUGACGGGACGAAUCUCAUCGGGUAUGUCUCGGCGCGGAUCCUGGAAGCACACGGGCUAGAUGAACAGACCGUUCAGUCCUGGGGUGGGUCUUGGUUGAAAGCAUGUCGACCAGAGCAAGUUCUGGCCUUGGUGGAAACUGGCCAAGCGGAUGCUGUAAUCCAGGAAGCCAUAAUGACGCCCUGGUGGAGAAAUUUGAUCGAGAGUCAGGCGCUUGUCCCCGUGCCCGUUGAGGAAAGGCCCAUGAACAAGCUGGCAUCCCGCAUCGGCUUCCAACAGGCAACUGUGCAGGGUAAUUUCUGGAAUACCGUUGAUGAAGAUAUCUCAUGUGUCGACUUCGCCGAUUUCUUGGUCCUAGUCCGCACAGAUAUGCCUGAUGAUGUUGCCUAUCUGCUAACAUGGUGCUUGGUCGAGACGAAGGAGACCAUUGAAGCCCAGUAUAAGCAUAUCCCCCCUGAGCGCAGUCCUCUGUCAUAUCCUCUCGAGCCAGCGAAGAUGGCCCAAUCAACAGUCCCUCUGCACCCUGCGGCAGAGAGGUUCUAUCGCGAGAGAGGGUUUUUGAAUUGA